AUAUUGAAUUAAAGGAACGCCUGAUCGCCACCGUCAAGAAGGAAGUCAAACAGUUGAUGGAAGAGGCUGUUACUAAGAAGUAUAUACACGAGGAAAGUAGUUCGGUGACAUCACUUUGCGGAGCUGUAGAGGCAUGUCUGAGUCAUGGUUUGCGGCGACGUGCACUGGGCCUCUUCAAAACCUCUUCAACGACAGCGUUGAUACAAAAAAUUGCCCGAACUUGCCCUGAAGCAGAUUAUAUAAAUCGCUGUUUGCUGGAAAUCGAAAUGGUCAAUGAAACGCACACGGUCACCGGCAAACGGUCUUCUUCCAGCAGUGAUAGUAUUAUUAAACCGAAAUUGCUCAGCAAGGGCAGCAGCAAUUCGGUGACAACCAUCAAUACGAUGUCGUCUACAACUAGUGGCUGUACAAAUGCGGUGGUGAAAUAUCUGUGGAUACGCUUAGCUUUAUAUGAGCGUCGUCUUUCUAAAAUCAUUGAGUAUUUAGUUAAAAAUGCCAAUAACUUCUAUGAUCGUGAUGCGCUGGUCGCCGAUCCGGAUUAUGGUUCCAUACUCAGUUCGCUGUUAGUCGGACCCUGCGCUUUGGAGUUUACGCGCGCCAAAACGCCAGACCACUAUUGGUCGGACCCACAUGCUGAUGAACUUGUUCAACGUCAUCGCAUAAGCUCCGGUAAUCGCACGCCACCGAUAGUACAUCGUCCGAUUAUCAACUUCAAGCGCAGCUUGCAUACCAGUUCUGAAGACACCAGUAGCGGCUCUUACAAAGCCAGUUCACCUGCUAGUGUUGCCAAGGACUAUGUUGAGUCAUUGCAUCAGAAUUCAAAGACUACGCUUUUAUAUGGCAAAAAUAAUGUUCUAGUUUUACCGAAGGAUGUCAACGAACCGAUGCCAGGUUAUUUGAGUCUCCACCAAACUGUCCAGUUCCUCACCAUUAAGUGGACACCUAAUCAAUUGAUGAACGGCUAUAAUGAAGCUGAUGGUACCGAUAAAAGUUUUUAUUGGGCAUAUGCGCUCAACAUCAAUGUCGACGAAAUUGUCUAUGUGCAUUGCCAUCAGAAUCGUGGUGAAGAUACUGGCGGCACCAUAAUUUUAGUUGGACAAGAUGGCGUACAACAACCACCGAUACACUUCCCUGAAGGUGGUCACAUGCAAGCUUUUCUGAGCUGCUUGGAAACUGGAUUGUUGCCACAUGGCCAACUUGAUCCACCGCUUUGGUCUCAACGAGGCAUGGAGAAAAUGUUUCCAUGGCCAAAGAGUGUUCGCCGCCGCAUAUUACCUUCUGUGAUGGAAUCCACCGAUGAAACGCCAAUCGAUUACGUCUUCCGUGUUGUUAGCAAAAGUCAGCAUGAAGAGUUUUUGGCAACACAUCCUAUUUUGGAGUUGGGGCGCACAAGCCCUCGACGUAAACAUUUAAGCAGUUGCUCGACCACCGGUAGUAGUGACUGUUCCAGCAAAAGUUUAUCUAUGGAACAGAGCGGAGGAGACUCACCACUGAUUCAAGCUAGUCAAACAGCAAGCAUAGAAUUGGUUUGCUCUACGAUGCGUCGGCAAAUAAUAUCGCGCGCUUUUUAUGGUUGGCUAGCUUAUUGCCGACACUUGUCCACAGUGCGAACACAUCUUUCUGGUUUAGUAAAUGGGCGCAUUACUCCAGAUUUGACCGCUGACGAGCAAGGAUUGACCAAGGAGAAGUGGGCGGAGCUCCAAGUAGAUGGUGUUGUUACCAGCGAUGUGGAGGUAUUCCGUUUAGUGUACUUCGGCGGAGUGCAACACGAGAUACGAAAGGAAGUUUGGCCAUAUCUCCUGGGACAUUAUAGCUUUGGCUCUACACCCGAUGAGCGCGAGAAAUACGAUGAUACCUGCAAACAUUAUUACGAAACUACAAUGAGCGAAUGGCUGGCUGUAGAGGCGAUUGUGCGUCAACGUGAGAAGGAAAAAAAUGCCCAGGCUGUGGCCAAACUGACGGCUGAGAAGCAUAAACGUGCCGGCAAGCAAGUUUGUCGGCAGCAUGAAAUGGAUAGCGAAGAGGUGGAAAAUGAUGUUUUCGAGGAGAAUGAUUUUUCGGAUAUGUCAGAUCCGGGGGAGGACUUUGACGAGGAGACACCAGUCGAAAGAGACGAAGAAGAGAGUAUGACCACUUCCAAAGCGGAAAAGCAGAAAAAUAGUAGCACAACGGACUCAGGUAAUGUAGAGGAGGAUAUCGAGCAGGCAGAUAUGAAUGAAACAACGAAUGACGAGCAGCAAGCAGUAGACAAUGACAAUGAAGAAUUUGAACAAAAUGAACGUAUCGUGUUGGAAUUAGAGAGUAUAGAGGCAAUGGAACCGUUACCGCUGCAAGAGAAUUGCUUUGCUAUCGACACUGAUAUGGAAGCGGGUCUAACACCUGAGCAUGCGGGCGGUAUAAUACUGUUGAGCAUUAAAAGUUCACCCUCAACCUCUUCUUAUGAGACAGUGGGCAACGAGUUUACUGAUAUUAUCGAUCUGCCAACGCCAAUGAAUGUUGUGGCCGAAUCAGAAACAAUGAAUUUCGGCGCUAUUAUCGACGAUGUGGAGGUGGAGGAAGAUGUUUCUUCUCACGUUACGAAAUUUCAUAGUGCCGACGAUUUGCGCCGGCCAGUAGAUGAGUUUGCGAUCGAUGUUGAUACGCAAGUGCGUGAUGCCGAAUCGAUACCAACCCAUGCAGUUAUUAUAACCGAAGCAGCAUCACUCGAUGUACUACAAUGUGAAGAUGAAUUAACCGACGAGACGUCGCGCAAGACAAGCCUCAUUUCACCAAUGAACGAAGACAUAACGGUGGUGGCUUCACUGGACGCACUGCAAGAGCCUAAAUCGGCAUGCGUCUCACCUGCCAGCAGCAAUGGUGGCGUAUAUAGUAGCGAAUUACUGGAGUCCUUCGGUUUGAAUCUGCAUCGCAUCGAGAAGGAUGUGCAACGUUGCGAUCGCAACUACUGGUACUUUGCUAAUGAGAAUUUGGAUAAACUCAGGAAUGUUAUAUCCACCUAUGUUUGGGAGCACUUGGAAAUUGGUUACAUGCAAGGCAUGUGUGAUCUAGUUGCUCCAUUACUGGUAAUUUUUGACGACGAGUCAUUGUGCUACAGUUGCUUUUGUAAACUAAUGGAACGUAUGAUCGAAAAUUUUCCGAAUGGCGGGGCCAUGGAUAUGCAUUUUGCGAAUAUGCGUUCUCUCAUACAAAUAUUGGAUUCAGAGAUGUAUGAUUUAAUGGAUUCGAAUGGAGAUUACACACACUUCUAUUUCUGUUACCGUUGGUUUUUGCUUGAUUUCAAGCGAGAAUUGGUUUAUGAUGAUGUCUUUGCUACAUGGGAAGUGAUUUGGGCAGCAAAACAUGUGGCUUCUGGUCACUUUGUACUCUUCCUCGCUUUGGCACUACUGGAAACGUAUCGCGACAUAAUACUUUCAAACAGCAUGGAUUUUACAGAUGUCAUCAAAUUUUUCAAUGAAAUGGCAGAACGUCACGACGCCCAAUCCAUAUUGCAAUUGUCAAGAAGCCUUGUACUACAAUUGCAGACAAUAAUAGAAAACAAGUAAAAAUUAUAAUAUGUAUACUAAAUUAAAAAAACAAAAAAAACAAAAACAAAAAAUCAUUCUUAGUAAUAUGCAUAGCCACAAACGUACGAGUACAUAUGUAAAAAAUCAGACACAUCUGUAAGUGAGCAUAGAGUAGUUGACACAUUUAGAUGGUUCAUAAGGUGUCGUAAGUGUCGUAUUGUCUUAUGUCGUAAAGUCUUUAAAGGCUCAAUAAAUGUUUAGAGGACUUGAAAUCACAACCAACUACAUAUUUUUUAACGAUGUGAAAUUUGAUAAUACAACUUUUAUGUAUCUUGCGAAUCCCUUAACUAUA